AUGGUGCAAAUUACCCCAAACAACCUUGGUUUCAGUCCGCAAGAAGAGCGAAAAUUGGUAUGGAAAAUAGAUCUUCGCUUGAUCCCUAUUUUGGGACUUCUAUAUUUAAUAUCCUUCAUUGAUAGAGUCAACAUCGGUCAGGCAAAACUAGAUGGUAUUAUAGAUGAUUUGAAUCUGCAAGAUCACGAAUUUCAAAAUACAAACACAGUUUUCUUCGCCACAUAUGUAGCUUUUGAGACAUUUUCUAACCUCAUUAUAAAGCGCUAUAGUCCUAGACGCACUUUACCUACAAUGAUAACCGUUUGGGGAAUUAUAUUGGUGGCUCAAAGCUUUGUCAAAAAUUAUGGAGGUUUAAUUACUACUAGAGUUUUAUUGGGUGUGGCUGAGUCCGGUCUUUUCCCUGGUGCAAUCUAUAUCAUUUCUCUUUAUUAUCCUCGUCAGGAACAAGCUCUCAGAAUGGGAUUCUUAUUCUCAGCCUGUGUUCUGGCUGGUGCAUUUGGUGGUAUUCUUGCAUAUGGUCUAAGCCAAAUGCGUGGCAUUGGUGGUUUACCGGGAUGGGCUUGGAUAUUCUGUAUUGAAGGCUUAGCCUCAUUCGUCGUCGGUGUCUUCUCCUACUGGGCAGUAGUCGAUCUUCCAUCUGACGCUACAUUCUUGACUGAUCGACAAAGAGCCUUUGUCAUACAUCGAAUCAAGUAUGGCCAGGGAGCCUUAUCACUCGACGUCGAUUUCACUUGGGAUCAUGUAUUCUCUGCUCUACGCGAUUUCAAGAUGUACAUAUUCGCUGCACUGUACUUCAUGGCUUGUACAUUGUUGUAUAGUCUUGCAACAUUCAGCCCAACCAUUAUUAAAGAACUCGGUAGUUGGUCUACAGCACAAUCUCAGCUUUUAACAGUUCCACCAUACGCUGCAGGAUUCCUAGUAACAGUUGGAGCAGCAUACAUCAGCGAUCGUACUGGAAAACGCGGUAUCAUCAUUAUGAUCUCAGGUUUGGUAGCGAUGGUAGGAUAUAUUAUUAUCCAAGUCGUGCCAGAUAGCGCUCCAGGUGCAAAGUAUUUUGCUAUCUUCCUUUGUGUUAUGGGAUUCUCACCGGCUGCUGCCGUCAUUCUUGCCUGGGGCGUAGGCGGGCUCUUUUGGUCCAACUUACAAAAGGGAAAAUCUAAUGACCUUCUACGUAAUUCAGCAGGCAUUCUUUCUUCAUACCUUUAUCCAGAUUCUGGCAUACCAUACUUUAGGAUUGGACACUCUGUCUGCGCUGCGAUGGGUUUCUCUUUAUUCGUCGUAUCGUUUGUCAUGUAUUUCAUUCUCAAGCAUGAAAACAAAAAACGCGACGAGAAAUACGGUACGCUGGAGGAGAUAUAUACUAUAAUACAAGAAAACCCAUUAGCAGAAAUUGUUAACGAGAAAGGAUCGGAUGAGCUCACAACUAAUUUCUCAGCCAUCAGGAAUGAAUUCGUAGAUCUACCAGAUAUUCUUCUCGAGAGAUGGGGAUUUCAAGAUCAUUCAAGACAAGACAUUGCAAACUUAGGUGAUAAACAUCCGAUGUUUAGAUACUUGUGUUAA